GGAGCCGGUGAAGGGGUGGUGCGAGGGGUUGGGACUGGGCACUAGGCCGAGCGCCAGCUUGGAGGUCCUGUCGCGCCCUCCGCGGUCGGCGCCUAUGUUGGUCUUACAACUCCUAGCUACAAGAAGCUAGGGUUAUUGGACAUAGUCUGUUGUGGGGUUCAGAGGGCAACAGUCAUUCCUCCAAAUCCGGAGAUCCGGCACCAGUCGUCAGUAUUGGGACUCCGGGGGCUAGUAGGUUCAGGUUUGGGAUGCUGAUUUGGGAUUCAGCAUAUAGAGGUUAGUUUUAGGAUUCAUGUUCAGCAUCUAGGGGUUUUUUGCUUGGAUUGGGGGUUUGUCAAAUGUGGUCAGUGUUGGAUCAAUACUUGGAAUUCAUGCUUAGGAUUGAAGUUAAAUAUCCGAGGCCCACUUAAGGUUUGUGGCUCAAUAUUCACGGUGCACUGUUGGGAUUUAGGGCUGAAUACAACAAUUUGAGAAUCACUGGGAUGGAGUUUUCAGUUUUUUUAAAAUUUGGGUUCGAGAAGGAAAUCGGCUGAGUUUCUGAGUUUGCACAAUUUUGUUUAUAGCCAAAGGGAAAUCUUUUAGAGAUAAGGUUGUGAGGUAUGGAUUUCAGAAUUUGUGAGGAAUCAUUGUGAGGUUUCAAGGCCACCUGGAAUCUAGGUGGCAUUUAUGAGAUGUUGUAUCCAGGAAUGGACUACACUGAACUUUGAUUUACAUCUUGGGAGGGAGCUAAGUGUUGCUAUUGAAGGUUUUGGGUUUACUUGGGGUGUGAGAAAGGGACCUGAUUUGUCUGUUGGGGUUUGAGAUUUAGGUAGCACUCACCAUCAUGCUGAAAGCUGUCAUCCUGAUUGGAGGCCCUCAAAAGGGAACUCGCUUCAGGCCUUUGUCUUUUGAGGUGCCCAAACCAUUGUUUCCUGUGGCUGGGGUCCCUAUGAUCCAACACCAUAUUGAAGCCUGUGCCCAGGUCCCUGGAAUGCAGGAGAUUCUGCUUAUUGGCUUCUACCAGCCUGAUGAGGCCCUUACCCAGUUCCUAGAAGCUGCUCAGCAGGAGUUCAACCUUCCAAUCAGGUACCUUCAGGAAUUUGCCCCCCUGGGCACAGGAGGUGGUCUCUACCAUUUUCGGGACCAGAUCCUAGCUGGAGGCCCUGAAGCAUUCUUCGUGCUCAAUGCUGACGUCUGCUCUGACUUCCCCUUGAGUGCUAUGUUGGAUGCUCACAGAUGCGAGCGCCACCCUUUCUUACUCCUUGGCACUACGGCUAACAGAACACAGUCCCUCAACUAUGGCUGCAUCGUUGAGAAUCCACAGACACAUGAGGUCCUGCACUAUGUGGAGAAACCCAGCACAUUUAUUAGUGACAUCAUCAACUGCGGCAUCUAUCUCUUUUCUCCGGAAGCCCUGAAACCUCUUCGGGACGUCUUCCAGCGUAAUCAGCAGGAUGGGCAACUGGAGGAUUCUCCAGGUUCAUGGCCUGGGGCAGGGACCAUCCGCCUGGAGCAGGAUGUGUUCUCAGCCCUGGCUGGGCAAGGCCAGAUCUAUGUGCACCUCACUGAUGGCAUCUGGAGUCAGAUCAAGUCUGCUGGCUCAGCUCUCUAUGCCUCUCGCCUCUAUCUGGGCCGAUACCAGAUCACUCACCCAGAACGUCUGGCCAAGCACACAUCAGGGGGUCCAAGAAUCCGAGGAAACGUUUACAUCCACCCCACUGCUAAAGUGGCCCCGUCAGCUGUGCUAGGCCCCAAUGUCUCCAUCGGGAAGGGGGUGACUGUGGGUGAAGGUGUGCGGCUCCGAGAGAGCAUUGUCCUCCAUGGAGCCACGCUGCAGGCUGCCGCGUCCGGAUCCCUGCCGAGGUGCUUAUCCUGAACUCGAUUGUUCUGCCACACAAGGAAUUGAGCCGCAGUUUCACCAACCAGAUCAUCCUCUGACAGGGGCUGCAGAGGGGCUCCCAACUCCUUCCUGCUCUCCUGGAGGCUGCUGCCUGCUUGGCCAGUUCCUAUCCAGAAAGGACCAGAUGAAGCCUGUCAGGAUCUUCACCUGCUGGGGCAGUGUGGGUGGCUUGGUCUCCCUCCCCACUCCCAAAUAAACCCCAGUGAACCUUGAAGCCA